CCAUCAAGCCCCUCCAACAAACCUUCCCCGUCCUGAACAAUGGAAAUCACAGAAAUCAGGAGAGGCGACUUCGUCUACAAGGACACUUUGUUUGUAGAUCUGGGCCCCAACAAGCGCCAUCCGCGCGCCUCGACGGCAGACCUCAAGGACCUGCUACUGCCCAAGCGCGGGUCGACGCCCAAGGACCAGGUCGCCCACUGGUACGAGGCGCAGCUGCUUCACUACGGCCUCCCGCGCUCCAAGGACAAGAACACGGCCAAGGUCCGACUGACCAAUGCGCUCUCGGCCAAGGCCCUGUCGGUGCCCAAGGAGAUUGUGCAGAUGGAGACGGAGAUGAAGAAGGAGUAUGCCAGCGCGCUGAGGAAAGCGAAGAAUGCUGCAGCCGCAGCAGCGAAGCCGGCAAAGACCGUGGAGAAAGCCACGGCCGCGAAAGGCAAGAAAGGUGGCAGCGGCUCGAAAACCACGAUUGAGCUGGAGAUCGAUGGCGUCAAGGUCAAGAUCGAUCGUGACACGUUUGAUGCCGCGAAGAAAUCGGCCAAAUCCAAAGACCCCCCUGCGGCCUCUUCCAGAAAGCCCAAAGGCGCCAAAACAUCUUCUUCCACCCCGAAGCCUGCAACUGUGCCCCAAUCAUCUGCCAAAUCAAAGGCCACAUCGUCUGCCGUACCGAAACCUGCAGCGGUGUCCAAACCUCCUGCGAAAUCAAAGGCCACGCCCUCGGCACCGCGACCUCUACUGGCCGCCAAACGAAGCAAGCCUUUCAAACCCGGCGGCGCCAGCGCUCGUCCCGUCUCAGAUCCCCCACAACAGGUCUACGACCACACGCCCAUCUCCUUCCACCAUGACGUCGAAAUGGACGACGCCCCUCCGCCGUACGAGUCACUAGGAUUCGACGAAUCUGAUGCGUCUCCAAAUAACUCCGGCGUCGUCCAGAUAUCGGGUACCUACUUCGUCACCAAUAAACCGUUCUUCCCCUUCGAUAUCACCCUCCAGAUCGACCACGGACAACAAAAGCUCUGGGGCCGGUUCGACGUCGGAUCCAAAUCCGGGGUUCUCCGUGCCGACGACAUUGCUCACAUCACUUCAGGCAACGCAGUGUCAUUCGGGUGGAGGUCCGAGGAUGAAAAUGAUGGCAACAUGAGAUUCGGACGGGGUUGUGAUGGAUACAUAGAGUUCGAUGGGGAGGGAUGGAUGCGGGGCCGCUUCCGGGGGCUGAUGCACGGAGAAGAUGUCGACUUUCAAGGAGAAUUGGUGGAUGAGGACGGGCUGGAUGUCGCGGAAAUGAAGCACGCCUGGGACGAGUUUCCUCAGAAGGCAUACGGUAGGCAUUAAGGGUCGUGUCCCCAUGAUCCAUGGGACCUGCUGUCACUGGGUCGACUGGUGAGAGAAAGAACAAAAGUGCCUUUGGCUUCAGGAUCCAGAGCUGCUUGAAAUUGGGGGAUUUAUUUGCCUGUCACAUACUGGGCGAACAUGGCGCAAACAAGGAGAACGUAUUGGGACAAGGACAUUGUUUGAUUGAUAGAUACCCAUUGGGCGGUAGUCUUGUCAGAGUAGCUCAUAACAGUC